AUGUCGGAUAUUGUUCUAGCAAUAAUCUCAAAACAUUUUGUAUCACCAUUGGGCAUACAAGUCAAGUCGUUGAAAUUUGAAUGUCUAAAGGCUAAAAUUGAUAAACUUAAAUUAAUUCUUAAACGUAUUCCAUCAAUGAUUAAUUUGAAAGUAUUUAAAUACCAUUGUGUCUGUGAAGAUUGUAUCAACGGUGCUCAAUGGGAACAUUUGAUUCAAAAUCACUUGCCAUUACUAGAAAAUUUUCACUUUCUAUUUAUAUUUAAUCAAUAUUGUAAAAAUGACAAUGCUUCAGUACUUAGAUCACUCGUAAAUACAUAUUCUUCAUCAUUCUGGAUUGAAAAAACAACAACACGUUGGUUUGUCACUGGUGAUCACUAUGCUGAAGUGCAUCUAUUCAUCUUAUAUUCAACAUCAUUAUGUAAUGUUGUCAAUAAGAAUCGAUGUAGUAUAAAGAAAAUAUCAUAUUCAACUCCUAUUCAAAUAAAAUGA